AUGAAGCUCCAGCUGUUGGUCUCCACAGGGAUCCUGCUGGUUGCUCUCCUGCCCUACCAUGAAUGCAGAGCCCUCGGCAAGAGCCCCCCUGCCGCCGCCGGCGCUCCCCUGCCGCCCGAUUUCCUCCAGCCGCCGCCGAGCCUGCCCGUGCUGCUCCGCAUGGGAGAAGAGUAUUUCCUGCGGCUGGGCAACCUCAACAAGAGCCCCGCCGCCUCCUUCUUCGCCUCCAGCAGCAGCCGCCUACCGCCCGGCGCCCCCGCCACCAACUUUUUCCGAGCAGCGGUGCAACAGCUGCAGCAGCUCCCCGAGCGCUCGCUAGAGAGUGCGGCGGGCCCCGGGGAGGGGGAAGCCGAGAGCCUGCCCCGGGAGGCGAUGGAGAGGGAGAAGCGAUCCGAGGAGCCCCCGAUCUCCCUGGAUCUGACUUUCCACCUCCUCCGAGAAGUCUUGGAAAUGGCCAGAGCCGAACAGUUAGCGCAGCAGGCUCACAGCAACAGGAAACUGAUGGAGAUCAUCGGGAAAUGA